AUGUACCUGCGAGAGCUCCUGCUGCAUGUACACGAAGUAGUCAGCAGCAAAAUUAAUCGCAUAUCAAAGUGCACUGUGCUAAAUAUAGAACCCGAAGGAAGAGCCAAACCAUCGUUAUUGAACCAUCAAUUGACGGAACCCGUUUUGAAAAAGGAAAAAAUCGAAGGAGAAAGCGAUGAAACAACAAGAAAAACUCGUCAACAAAUAAACAAGCUCACAGAAAGACAACGAGCGAUACUCAUUAGGACGUUCGCAGAAGUGGAGAAGAACCUUGUGAAGAAUGGCCUCAAAAUACUCCUUAUGCUCUUCGCUGAGGAUCCCCAUUACAAACAAAUAUGGCCCCAGUUUCGAGAAAUACCAGACUCUUCCUUGAUGAACGCUAUCGAGCUCAGUUUACAUGUGUGGACUGGGUGCAAUUAUCAACUCUAUGAAUCGAGAGAACGAUCUCGCCAUCCAGAUGAACCGAAUCGCAAAGGCGCACAUCAAAUGGAACGUGCAUCGGGUCCACAUCGUGAAAUGUUGGAACCAGUACUUGCUGUAGUGAAAGAAUGCAACGACGACUUCGACAACGAGACAAAACAAGCAUGGACCACCUUAUAUCACAUUAUUGCCGACCUCAUUGAAAUCUUCGUAUAA